AUGGGAGGCAAUCAUGUCACAUUUCCUUCACAAUUGGUCAUUGUGUCUAUUCUUUCCAAUUAUCUAAUAUGGUUUUUGGCUACAGCUAGCGGGUUUACUGUUGAGUUAAUUCGACGAGACUCUCCCAAAUAUCCAUUCUACAAUGCUAAUCAGACUCCUAAAGAGCAGUUGAAUGCAUUAUCCCCGAAAGUCCAUCCAAGUACCGCCCAAUCAGAAGUAAGAAGAUACGAAUAUCAACAUCUCCUGAAGCUCUCUAUGGGAUCACCAUCGAUAGACAUCUAUGGCAUUGUCGAUACAGGGAGUGACCUUAUUUGGACACAAUGUGUACCUUGUGUUGGCUGCUACGAGCAGAUUUAUCCACUCUUCGAUCCUUCAAAGUCCUCAACAUAUUCUGGCAUUUCUUGUGAAUCCAAGCAAUGUCAUCUACUAAAGCGUGUCACAUGUUCUUCUGAAAAUAUUUGCAAGUAUGCUUACGGGUAUGUAGACGGUUCCUUAACCCAAGGUGUUUUGGCCAAAGAAACUAUUGCCAUGACUUCCACCUCGGGGGAAAAGGUUUCCUUAGACAUUGUUUUUGGGUGCGGUCACAACGAUACGGGAACUUUCAAUGACCAUGAGAUGGGAAUCAUUGGGUUAGGAGGAUGGACACUGUCCUUUAUUUCUCAAAUGGCUUCCACCUUUGGCGGCAAGAAGUUCUCCCAUUGCUUUUCGCCAUUUGGUACUGAUCCUAACAUUACAAGCAAGAUGAGUUUUGGCAAUGGAAGUGAAGUUUUUGGUGAUGGUGUGGUUUCAACACCUUUAAUAUCUAAAAAUAACGUCCCUUGGUAUUUUGUCACACUAAGAGGAAUUAGUGUCGGGGAUAAAUAUUUGCACUAUAACCUUUCAGGUACGGUUUCCGUUGGAAACGUGCUUCUUGAUUCAGGAACUCCGCCAAUGUAUCUGCCACAAGACUUUCACGACCGCUUGGUGGCAGAAGUGAAGCAGCAGAUUCCAUUGGAACCCAUUUCGGAAUAUCUUCCGAGGCUUUGCUAUAUAAGUGAAAAUAAUCUCGACGGACCAAUUUUGACUGUCCAUUUUGAGGGCGCUGACGUGUUGUUAAUGCCCAUACACACCUUUCCAGCUAAAAAUGGGAUUUCUUGCUUUGAAGUGUAUCCUCGUGAUAGUAGUGUUGAUGGAUCUAUAAUAUAUGGAAACUAUGCGCAAUCAAAUUUCUUGAUCGGGUAUGAUAUGGAAAAAAUGACAAUCUCUUUCAAGCCUACUGAUUGUACCAAAUAG